AUCAGUUUUUGUAAUAUUUAUCAGCUGACGAGAGAUGCGUAACUCCAUUUAGAAGAUAUUAACCAUUUAUCAUAAACAUGUCUAUGCCAAGAUACACUUUAAAACACAAAAGAACUACCUUGGAAAGGGCUGAAAAAUUUAUAUCCGAAGUGUAUUUUACAGAUGUAAAUCUUCAUGGAAAAUUGCGAAAAUUUGAAAGAAAUAUUGAAUUAAUUGAGCAUUAUAAGGCUCCUGGAAGAAUAACAUUCCAACAAGCUAUAUCGAAUAAAUUUAAUGCAACAAAACUGCACGAAAGAUUUGGACCAACAUGGAGUACGCACUGGUUUAGAAUAACCUUAGAAAUUCCAAAAGAACUUCAGAGUGAGGAUGUCCAAUUGGAAUGGGAUAGCGAGUCGGAAGCAAUGAUAUGGUCAGAAGAUGGGAGAGCAUUACAAGGAUUCACUGGUGAGAAUAGGCGAAAUCUAUUCUUGUUACCUAAGAAAAGCGGAAAGCAAAUAUGGUUUAUUGAGAUGGCUUGCAAUGGUUUAUUUGGGGCUGGUAAUAAUUCACAGAUAAAUCCACCAAAUGAAAAUAAGUAUUUCGAAUUGAAGAAAUGUGGAUUGGUCGUUUUGAAUGAAUUAGUUCACCAAUUAUGUAUUGAUUAUCAAAUUCUUAUUGAUAUUGUAAAACAAUUAGGUAAAUCAACUAGAUCUUACCAAGCUCUCUUUACUUUGAAUAAAAUGACAAACAUAAUUGAAGUUGGUAACGAUAGAUCAUAUGAAGAAGCUCGAUCGAUAGCGAAAUCUUUCUAUGAGGAGCAUAAUGGUCAGAAUAUUCAUAUGAUACAUGCUGUAGGAAAUUGCCAUAUAGACUCAGCUUGGCUUUGGCCCUACGAAGAAACGAUCAGAAAAUGUGCAAGGAGCUGGUCUUCGACAAUUCGUUUGAUGGAAAAAUAUCCUGAUUUUACAUUCGCUUGCUCUCAAGGCCAACAGUUUGAAUGGGUUAAAGAUAAUUAUCCUGAUAUAUAUGAAGAGAUGAAAAAGUAUAUAUCUGAGGGUAGAUUUAUACCUAUUGGAGGAACUUGGUGUGAAUUGGAUGGUAAUAUACCGAGUGGAGAAUCAUAUAUAAGGCAGUUCUUAAUAGGUCAAAGAUUUUUUAGGAAAGAGUUUAAUAUUACUUGCCAAGAGUUUUGGUUACCCGAUACUUUUGGUUAUUCUGGCCAGCUACCUCAACUUAUUAAAUUGGGAGGUAUGACUAGAUUUGUAACUCAAAAGAUGAGUUGGAAUAUCUUUAACAAAUUUCCACACAACACUUUUUAUUGGAUUGGUAUCGACAACUCAAAAGUAAUUUGUCACUUCCCACCAGGUGAUUCCUAUACAAUGGAAGGCAAAAUAUCAGAGUUGAUAGCCACGGAAAAUAAUCAUAAAGAUAAAGGUAGAAGUGAUAGAAGUAUGUAUCUCUACGGAUAUGGAGACGGGGGUCAGGGUCCGACGGGUGAAAUGAUUGAAGUCUUAAAUAGAGUGAAAGAUGUUGUCGGUUUACCAAAGGUAAAAUAUUCAUCACCUACGGAAUUUUUUGAUGAAGUUGAAUCAUUUGAAUCUAAAAACCUAUGUGAAUGGACUGGGGAGUUGUAUUUAGAAAUGCACAAUGGCACAUAUACAACGCAAGCUAAGACAAAACUAGAUAAUAGAAAGUGUGAAUUUCUUUUGAGAGAUGUUGAGUUUCUAUCAUCUUUAGCUUGGUUGAAUAAGUCUUACCAAUACCCUCAUGAGGAACUCACAAGAAUAUGGAAGCUCUUAUUACUAAAUCAAUUUCAUGAUGUUUUACCCGGUUCUUCUAUUCGAAUUGUUUAUGAAGAUGCAGCAAAAUAUUACAAAGAUAUUAAACGUUCAGGGAAAAAGCUCAAGGACUCAUCUUUGGCGGCGUUUUCAAACGAAAAAGAUAACAAAGGCAGUGUUUUAAUUAAUACUUUUGGCUGGGCUCGAAAAGAAGUUGUCAGUUGGUCUGAUGAAACUAUUGAAAAAGCUGAUUUAGAACAGGAAAAAAUUCAAUAUGAUGUUGGAGAAAGCUUAGUUCUUGUUGAUAUCCCUGCUUUCACUUUUAAUCCUCUAUCAAAGUUGGAUGUCAUUCAACCAAACGAAUCCAACGAAGUAACUGUAACUAAAGAUGAGGAUGGUAAUUUUGUCAUGAGGAAUAGUUUAUUAACAGCUGUAAUUGAUUGUGUAGGUCGAGUAAUAUCAUUAAAACUUGCUGGUUCUGAAAGAGAAGCCAUUUCUCAAAGUGAUCCUGCCAAUCAGUUCUUGAUUUUUGAUGAUAUACCGUUAUAUUGGGAUGCAUGGGAUGUUAUGGAUUAUCAUUUGGAAACGCGAAAAACUCUUGAAUCUGCCAUAGAAUAUGCUAGAAUUACAGAAAGUGGUCCAAUUAGAGCUAGCUUAGUUUUUGCAUUAAAAAUAAGUGAUUCUUCAUACAUUCAGCAAACCAUUAAACUUGACGCUCUCUCACCAAUGCUGAAAUUUGAUACGAUUGUACAUUGGCAUGAGAAUAGAAAGUUCUUGAAAGUUGAAUUUCCUUUGCGGGUUCAUACCACUUGCGCAACUUACGAAACUCAAUACGGUUUCUUAAAUAGACCAAACCAUCAAAAUACUUCUUGGGAUUCAGCCAAAUUUGAAGUGUGUGGUCAUAAAUGGGCUGAUCUUUCUGAACACGGAUUCGGUGUUUCAGUCUUAAACGAUUGUAAAUACGGAUGGUCGACAUUUGGUAAUAUAAUGCGAUUAUCAUUGCUACGAUCUCCUAAAGCGCCGGAUGAAACAGCAGAUAUGGGUAUUCAUCAUUUUACAUAUGGAUUAAUGCCUCAUAGUGGUACUUUCCAACAAGCAAAUGUCAUUCAACAAAGUUAUAACUUGAAUUGUCCUCUUGUUGAAGUGCCAACAAAGCAGGAUGUUUCUGGUAAAUUUGAUAUUGAAAUAUCAGAAAAUGCAAUCAUACUGGAAAGUAUUAAAAAAGCAGAGGAUCACGAUGCUAUUGUAUUCCGCUUCUAUGAAAGUCACGGAAGUCACGUAACCACUAGAGUGAAAUUACCCAAGAUUAUUAAGGAUGCUAAACACUGCAAUGCUAUCGAAGAUAUUUUUGAAGAUGAAUGUCUAAACUUUGACAAAGAGAAUUUGGUUAUUGAAUUUACACCUUUUCAAAUAAGAUCAGUAAUGAUCAUAUUUUAA